CGACAGCUCGCCUGUGCGUCAGGCUCAAGGCUUCCAAUGGACUUCCCUCCUAUGCAGUAAGCAGCGGUAAGCUCUACAAACUAACGCCCUAAUACGAGACUUGACGGCAAUCUUGCGAUGGAUGAACUCACCGAGGCACGAGCAGCGCUGGCUGCGAUGGAGAAUCGUGAACGAGAACUCCUCAGCGAGCUUCACAGCAUCCGGGUUUCCGUUCGAUCGCAAAGGUCCAGAGUCGAAGAACUCAUCACACGAUUGCCGAUAUCUCCUAUUGAUCGUCUUCCUAAUGAAUCACUUCUACGGGUACUCGAGUUUUACCUCGAGGGGGUUGCCCAGACAUGUGACGUGUAUAUCCACGCCAAGCGGGAGUUGGCAAGCGUGUCACGUCGUUGGAGAGACCUGAUUCUGCACUCUCCAAGCCUUUGGACCCUGCUCACAGUGACCUCAAGUUGGACCGAAGCACGUGCGAAAAUCUAUAUGACUAGAAGUUCACAAUCUCUCCUCGACAUCGUUAUCAGGUUUUGUGAUUAUCGUUAUGAUGAUAACAACGGGAUUUUCCCUGCACUUCUCGAUAUUCUGACCUCUUGCGCUCAUCGCUGGCGCAGUCUCACCAUCCAUAAGCAUACCACCGACGUUCACAGAUCUCUCGUGCUGGAAAAGCUGAAUCAUUUAUCGUUCCCUUCACUAGAACGAGUUUCAAUCUGUUUGGCGUUCCCAAAUGUCUGCUACCUGGAACUCACUCAAUUCAAUGACGUUUUGCUGGAUUCUACCCCCAGUCGACUUUCUGAGCGAUGCUCUCCACUGGAAGAAUCUGGAGAGCCUGACUAUAGACGGAUUAGAUGACUCUGACUUGGAGUUGCUAGAUGGUUUAGACGCCUGGCUUUUGCAGCGACAAAAUGCGGGUCAAUCGAAGUUGCUUGUCGUGGUCACUACCUAUGGGUGUAACAUGCCGUCACUGUUUCACAGACUACCUGAACUUUGUUCUCUGGAGUGGUUUGAUAUUUGUUAUGACGUUGCUAUGAUG